GACGGCCUUGAGCCAUUCGUUGCGCCUGGUCCGCCCCAGGCGUCAGCCUGCCUCCUGGUUCGCCCCAGGUGAGCAGAGUUUUCUUUUCUCAGUGCAUUUGGUCCGCCCCAGUUUGCACCCCGCUUCCUGGUCCGCCCCCGGGGUGCAGCUUCUCCCGCUGCCAAGAACCAUGGUCGGCAUGAACCAGAAGGGCAGCUACGUGGGCGACGAAGCCCAGAGCCAGCGCGGCGUUCUGACUUUGAAGUGCCCCAUCGAGCAUGGCAACGGCAAAGACUGUGACGAUAUGGGGGCGAUCUGGCACCAUACCUUCUACAACGAGCUCCGCGUGGCUCCGUAGCGGCAUCCUCUGCUUCUCAUGGAGGCGCCCGUUGGCCUGAAAGCGAAUCGCGAGCGCAUGACGCAGAUCAUGAUGGUUGAGACGUUCACCGUGCCGGCGACGUAGGUUGCGAUCCAGGCAGGGCUCUCGCUGCACGCUCCAGUCCGCGCCACCAGGAUGGCCAUGGGUUCCGGCGAUGGCGCGUCGAACGGUCACACACCGCACCCUCGUAUGUGGGUUACGCGCUGCCGCAUGCGAUCCUGCGCCUGGAUCUGGCGGUGCGGGACCCGACGGAGCAAUUGGUGAAAGUCCUUACGGAGCGUUGCUAUUUCACCACCACGGCUGGGCGAAAGACCGCGCGCGACGUCAAAAGCCUUGCUACAUCCCGUUCGACUUCGACUCAGAGCUGGAGGCCGCCAUUGAGAGCUCCGACAAGGAGAAGACGUACGAGUUUCCCGACGGGGACAUCACCAUAGGCAGCGAGCGCUUCGGCUACCCAGAGGUGCUCUUCCAGCCUAAGUUCGUGGGCAAGGAUGGCAGCGGCAUCCACGACACCACUUUUCAGUCGUCCAUGAAGUGUGAUGUCGGAUUCCGCGCGGACAUGUGCGCCAACGUGGUGUUGUCUGGCUUCCCCACAAUGUUUCCAGGUAUCGACGAGCGCGUGACCGAAGAGCCGACGGCAUUUGCUCCUUCCACAAUGAGGAUCAAGCUCGUGGCUCCGUUCGCGCGCAAGUAUUUGGUGUGGAUCGGUCAUCCAAAGGGGAGUACGACGAGUCGGGCCCCACAGUUGUACUCAGGAAAUGUUUCUGAGGGUUUGCCGUCGGCAGAUUUUAGGAGCCAGGCGAGCUAGAAUCGUCCGACGUGUUGGAUGGAUGUUGCGAUAUUUUAUUCGAUGCGCAUGUGCAGGUCGUAUUUUUGGCUCGCAGGCACUCAUUGUUGCAGUCCGCCAGGAAAAGCCAAAACCCGGACGGCUCCUGAAUUACAUGCCAGUGACAGCGUCUGCAGUACAGUUUGCAUAGGUCUUACCUAUACUCCUCCCUCCCCUCCUCCCCUCUCUUCCCUCCCAGGUUGCAUGCUCUGUUUGCGUCCUUGAUGGGCUGCCGCCGUGCUGGCGGCGCGCCUGCGGCCCGCGUCGCAGGGGGGGUCGAUUUUGCCUCCCCUCCGCCCCCCCCCCGCCCCGCCCCCCAUCCCUCCCUCCCUCUCCAUCGUUUCCCCCACGAAACAAUUCAGCGGCCAAGUGGUCCCACUGAGCCCCGCUGGUAGCCAUGGUGGUGGAGGGGAAUCUUCCCCGUGCCUUGCGUGCUGGUCCGCUUCGCGAGCUCGCCACUGCACUCGCCGAAGGCACGUCAGUCAGCACCGCUGUGGCAUUAAUUGUUGUUAAGGAUGUGCUCGUCAUGGCGUCUGCCGUCGCUCGCCUUGGAGGCGCGUCUGGGGCUGUUUCGGCUCUGGCGCAUUUUUUUCAUGUACAUCAUUUCAAACACAUAGAGGUAUCGUUCCUUCCCGCGUUUUGUCUUCGACAACGCGAAAUCCGGAUUUCUUUCAGGGUCUUGCGGCUUCGGUCCAUCGUCUUGUCACAGCUCACCCAGGCUUCGGACUCGUUCCUUGUAAUGCUUGUGCGCGCGUGUUACCCCAUCCCGUUCUUCCUCGCUCUCGUCCUCUUCGUCCCAUCCCCUCCCCUCCCCGUCUUGCCUUGUACACUCAUAUUGUUGAUUUAUUUAUCUCAGGCCAUCGGUUAUCACAUGAGCUUGCCUAUGGCAGGUCGGCUCGCGUAGCGACCCCAGUUCGUCUAGCGGUCUUCUGCUUCGCGCUACUGUGCCAGUCACGCCGUAAUGUGAUUCAGUGAGUGGUCGCGCGCUCUC